AUGCCCGCCAAAGGAAUUCUAACGACCUCUUCAGCCAGGAACGGCGUCGGCGCUUUCAUCCUCCAAUGUAAACGCCUUGACUUUCACUACUGCACCCACGGUGCCAGCUCACGAGGCAUGCUGUUAGUAGCCCUCAAAACUCUAGCACUAAAUCUACUGAUCGAUGUCGUGCUAAUUGAUCGAUUCACCAGCUCCUUCCUUACCAAGAGCCUUCCCGCUUUUGCCCGCGAACAUCCCCAGAUCGAAAUUCGGGUAUCCCCACGACACGGAAAGCACCCUGUCAUUCAAGGCUAUUACAUCAAUGGUGGCGAGAAGGCCAUCUGUGUUCGCAGUCUCGAACCCCUCGAAAUUAUGAAAAAGGCCAUGAUCCUCAAGGAUGCGAGCGGAGAGAAGCUGAAGAGGACUAAAAAGCCCGUCACUAGUUUGAACGAUAGUGUACGUGGUAUCUGGUCACCAUAUCACGGUGAUCUCCGUGGCGUAUAA